AAAACCGGUUUAAUAAUUUACGAUAAUAUCAUUGGGCAAUAAAAGCGGCGGGGCCUACGCUCGAGAGUCCUUCGAUUGCCGCUGGUGCACGAGGCCUUGCAAUUCUGCAGUUUGACGUUGCGAAACUAAAUACCUGCAUUAUUUCAAAUACGGUCUCUAAGCAGAAGUUAGUAGAAUGGCUUCAACUGGUUCUAAAUUGAUUCGUCAGGUGAUAAAAUCAUCUAAGGUUCCGUCUCCCAUUGGACCAUACAGCCAAGCAGUGAAAGUGGGACCAACAUUAUAUGUAUCAGGAAACAUAGGAGUCGUUCCUGCCACAGGCGAAUUUGCUGGCGCUGACAUCGAGUCGCAAACUCAACAGGUUAUGGAAAACAUGAAGAAUGUGUUGGAAGAAGCUGGGAUGACAUUUAAAAAUGUUGUCAAGACAACGGUUCUUCUUAAAGACAUUGAAGAUUUUGCAAGUGCAAAUGCAGUCUAUGCGAAAUAUUUCACUCCCCCAUAUCCCGCAAGAGCUGCUUAUGAGGUGGCAAAUCUUCCAAAGUACGCAAAGAUUGAGAUUGAAGCAAUUGCUGUGGACUGCGAAGAUUCAAAACUUUAAAGAAUAUAAUUGUGCAAUAUCAAAUGAUUAAAUAAAGUUAAUUUCAUGCAAA